AUGACUUCAAACAGGAAUCUCGCGGCGCACAACGUUGCCGAGGCGUCACCAUCCGAUGAUGUAGAAGUCAACGCGACUGUGCCAAAAUAUGUAUGGCAUCGGGGAGUCUUUUUCAAUGCUACUAUUGUCGGUAUUUCAGCAUUUGCGGCCCCUGGGUUAUGGAAUGCAAUGAAUUCCGUCGGUGCUGGUGGCCAACAAACCCCUUAUUUGGUCAUGGCUGGCAAUGCUAUCUUAUUCGCCGUUAUGGUCUUUACUUGCCUCACCGGAAGCAUGAUGGCCAAUCGAUUCGGCCUACGGAAUUCCUUGGUGGUUGGAACGACCGGUUAUGUGAUCUAUUCCGCCGCUUUAUAUACGAAUAAUCGUUACGGAACAGAGUGGUUCAUCUAUUUAGGUUCCGCAGCUUGCGGCCUGUCGGCUGGAGUAUUUUGGGCAACGGAAGGCGCAAUUAUGCUGAGCUAUCCUGAGCCUGAAAAGCGUGGUAGGUACUUAGCUUACUGGCUGAGUUAUCGGAAUAGUGGCUCGAUUCUCGGGGGAAUUAUCAACCUUGCUUUUAAUUAUAAGGGUAGAACUACUGGGAAGCUAGACUGGAGGACUUACAUCGUCUUUGUUGUUCUGCAAUGUUUGGGGCCAGCAUGUUCAUUCUUAUUGACUCCACCGGAAAAGGUCGUACGAAGAAAUGGAACACGCGUUCAACCCGCUGAGCGGAUACCCGACUUCGAAGAAUUAAAGGCCCUUGUGCGCGUUCUGUUACGGAAAGACUUCCUUUUGGUAUUGCCGUUUUUCAUUUAUGUCGCAUGGGAGCUUCCUUAUAUCAGCGCAUAUCUUUCCCUAUACUUCUCAGUCCGUUCUCGAGCUUUAGCAUCGCUAGUUUCUGCCGUUGCUCAAGUUGUGACAACUCUUGUAUUCGGCGCAUUUCUGGACUGGACGAGAUUAAGUCUCAACAAACGAGCAAAGUUCGGAUAUGUCGCUAUGAUGUCGCUCAUCGGCGGAUGUUGGAUUUGGGGCACCGUAAUCCAGAACGAAUACACGCAUCACAAACCAUCACUCGAUUGGGAUGACGGUGAAUUCGGAAAGGGUUGGGCGUUGUACAUUUUCUGGCAGAUCAACUUUUCACUCACGUACAACUUUGGCUUUUGGCUCAUUAGUUUCCUUGCUAGAGAACCAAAAGAGACCAUUCGAUAUAUGUCCGUUGCAAGAGCCGCAGAGGCAGCGGGCCAAUGUAUUUCGAGCGGCAUUAGCUCAACAUCCGCACCGCUUAUUUCGGCUUUGGGUGUCAACUUUGCUCUCUGGGGUAUUGCUCUCAUUCCAGCUUACUUUGUGGUCAGCCAAGUUGGUGUGAUUCAUUUUGGACCUGAAAGGUUGGCAUCGCCGUUGGAGGAAGAAGAAGAAGAAGACAAAAAGGGUUCAGAGCCAUCGUAAUAUUUAGUUAAGUAUCUACACCUACUGGGUGCCUAGGUAGGUACCUAAGCAGGGCAGCUGCUACGGGGGAUUAAAAAAGCGAUUUGUUCGCUUUCCCGCACUUCCGUUCUACCCCGCCGUACCUGCCUCACAGACGAUAG